UAGAAGAAUAGAUGGUCAACUAUUUAGGCUUGGAAGAGACGGAAACCUCCAUUUUUUAGUCUGUAACAAUCAAGAUUUCACAUCUUAAAAAAGCAAUGCCGAUAGCUUGGAUCCUCUUCUUCUUGUUGCAUCUCUUCCUCUUUCUAGUUGAGGCAUCAUCAUCUUUGGAGUGCAAUCAGCUGGACCGUGACUCCCUCCUCCGAUCUUUACCCUCUCCCCCGGGCUGGAACUUGUCGUCCCCCUCGUGCUGCCUAUGGGACGGCGUGGCCUGCAACCCCGACCACCGGAUCACCCGUCUCUCCUUACCCGGGCGAGGCCUCUCCGGAAGCCUCACCCCUUUCCUCGCCAACCUCACCUUCCUUUCCCACCUCAACCUCUCCUCCAACCGCCUCUCCGGCCCUAUCCCCUCCUUGAUCAACAAUCUCCAUCUCCAAACUCUAGACCUCUCUGGCAAUCGCUUCAACGGCUCCAUCACUGCCCUUGCCAGCAUGGCCACCACUAGUGUGAAUGUCAGCAACAACUCCUUCACUGGCCCUCUCCCCUCAUCCAUUUGCACCACCUCCCCUCUUCUCACCAUCUUGGAUUUCUCCUUCAAUCAAUUCAGUGGUGGUGUGCCACAAGAAUACGAAAGAUGCUCUCGUCUUCAAGUGUUUCGAGCAGGAUUUAAUUCCCUCUCUGGAUAUCUUCCAUAUCAUCUCUACACCCUGACAGCCUUGAAGGAGCUCUCUCUGCCUAACAACAUCUUCUCGGGUCCCAUCAACGACACCAUUGCCCUCCUCACGAACCUCGCCAUCUUAGAGCUCCAUGAUAACCAACUCACCGGUUCAAUCCCUCCCAACAUCGGCUCCCUCUCCAGUUUGCAGCAGCUCCAGCUUCACACCAACAACCUCACUGGCCCUCUCCCCCCUUCUCUCAUCCACUGCUCCAACCUCUCCACUCUCCUCCUCAGAAACAACCAUCUCCACGGAGACAUUUCCCUCGUUGAUUUCUCCAAACUCCAAAAUCUACAAGCCCUUGAUCUUGGGAACAACACCUUCUCCGGACAAAUCCCAACCACCUUCUGCUUGUGCAGGUCUCUCACCGCGCUGCGCCUCGCCUACAACGGCUUCGUGGGCGAGCUUCCCCCCUGCAUGGCCUCACUAAGGAACCUGGCCCACCUCUCCCUCUCCGACAACUAUCUCUCUGGCGUGGUUGGAGCCUUAAAGAUACUGAGGCACUGCGACAAUCUGCAAGUGCUCUUCCUGUCUCGUUGCUUCAAAGACGAACCUAUGCCGGAUGAUGAUGACCUUGUCCAUCUACAGGGGUUCCAGAAUCUGCAGAUACUAACACUAGGUGGAUGCAGCCUCAAAGGCCAAAUCCCCUGGUGGAUCUCCAAGCUAAGAAAACUCAAGGUACUCAACCUCUCUUACAAUCAGAUAUCCGGCCCCAUUCCGACCUGGUUAGGCGACAUGCCAAGCCUCUUCGUCUUGAACCUGACCAAAAACACACUCUCUGGGGGGCUGCCUCGCGAGCUGGGCCGCCUGCCGGCUCUCAUCGCAGAUAACUCGAGCUCCGACUUGAGUAACUUAGCAUUGCCCUUCUUGUUCGACAGUUUGCAGUACAACAGGCUCUUCAACUUGCCGAGGGGACUCAAGGUCGGAUACAACAGUCUGAGCGGAGAGAUCCCUGCAGAGAUUGGGCAGCUCAAGCUUCUUCACCUGUUAGACCUCAACAAUAACUAUUUCAAUGGAAGCAUCCCUGCCCAGCUUUCAGGACUGGUGAAUCUAGAGAGAUUGGACGUGUCUGAGAAUCGUCUCACUGGAGAGAUCCCUCAGUCACUUACCAGACUCCACUUCCUGUCUUACUUGAGCGUGGCGGGUAAUGAUCUCGAGGGGGAGAUUCCGAGAGGGGGGCAGUUUGAUACAUUCCCACCGGCUUCUUUUGAGAGGAAUCAUGGACUCUGUGGCUACAUAUUAGGAAAAGACUGCUCUACGUUGGUUAAGACGAGUACACAAGAAGAGUAUGAUAGUGGUGGGAAUCAGUGGUAUACAGUUCCCUUUGGGAUGGGAUACUUUGUAGGAUUUUUUGCAGUAAGCAUUCCCUUGUUGUUUCAGUGUAAUAGACCGUCAUAAUGUAGAAUAUACUUUUUUGGAUUUAUAUUUAUUCAACAUUAUCUGAUUA